AUGGUGUCCGCCUGCGCCAGGGCGGCCCGCGUCCAACUUAACUCCAUCAGGACGGUGGUGGUGCCCGUGGCCUCGUUCAACAGGAGCGCCUGGGAACUAACGCUCAGGCAGUGCAUUAGCGACCUGGAGUGCAGCGAGGGAAGCUAUUGCCACACCUCCUACACAGGUCCUGCCCACUCCCGUUGUCGGACGUGCAGGAGGAGGAAGAAGCGUUGCCGUAGAGACGGGAUGUGUUGCCCGGGCAACCUCUGCAGCAAUAGUGUGUGCAUCCCUCGCGGGGAGGCCACGAAAUCACAACAAGUUACCGAGCGUGACGACUGGACCCGCGGCAAAGCCAGAUGGAGCAAGAAAGAUAAAACGGCAGCGGGUAAAGGUCAAGUCGGCGACCCCUGUUUAUCCGCCGUGGACUGUUCGGACGGGCUCUGCUGCGCUCGCCACUUCUGGACGCGCAUCUGCAAACCCGUUUUACAGGAGGGACAAAUUUGUUCACGGCGGAGGGGUCGCGCGCCGGAGCUGUUCCAGAGAUGCCCUUGCGGCAGAGGACUGGCCUGUCGCGCGCCACGUGUCGCCGCGCCCUCAUCGCCCCUACUGGUGGCGGUCAAGUCCAAGUCGGCGGGCUACUCUCGCUCACACGCCCCUCAUCCAUCAAAGACCAGACUGCGCGAGUGUCGGAGGAAGUGA